CUAAUUUUUACGUUGACACCCGCCACUAACCCUCGCAUCUUCUAAAAAACCCUACUUAAUCGGACCCAAAUCAAAGGUGGAAAAUUUGUAUAGGAAUGAAGGAAAUACGUAGAUAUAUCUUCGUCAAUAGUCUUACUUUAUUCAUUGCAUUGAGCCAUUUCAGUCUUGUUCUACUGAAUAAUUAGCAGAAAGCAGUUAUUUCACAGACAUAGUCAAAAACCAUGCCAGUAGUAACAUAUCAAUAUUUUGUGCAAGACAUAACAAAUCUCAAUUAAAAUAAGCUAAAUGCAGUUUCUGGAACGAUGAUAACCCACUGGUUAAAGCUGCCAACUCCAAUCCACCAAACCGUAAGCUCGAACCCUCCGUCCUUCUGUCCACUGCAUUUUAAAUAAAUAAUUGGAGUACAAUUAGGCGGACAAACAUAAUGUAGUCAAAUACGUAACACCUGUAAUUGGUGUUAAUCAGAUAAAUGGCAUUUCUAAAAAAAUAAUUUCGUAUUUUCAUUAAUAGUAAAAAGAUUUCUUAUCGUUUUCCUGUCUCUUCCAUGCUUGUUAUUUCUGUUGAAAUUUUUUAGAAUCCAAUUUAUUCAUGAGUUCAGUGAGUCAAGGUAAAAAUGAAAAAAUGCUAACAUCACACGAAUCCGCACUUACUCCUACACUGAAAUGGAGGAAGAAUCAAUUUACGUGUAACAAUUCUAACACUACAACGACUGCUACUAAUAUAUUGACUCCCAGAAAUGAUAUAUCAUAUGCUCCAUUUUUAUCUUAUCCUCAUCAAUCCGAUUUAAUGACACAGUCAACUACUUCACCUCAAUAUAUGUUACCAAAUGAUUGUAUUAUUAAAUCCAUAAAUGAUAAUAGUAAUGAUUUAAAAGAAAUUAAUUCUAUCCCUUUGUCACAUAUAAAAAAUGGCAUUGACUGA